AUGCUCAACCUAUGGUUAUUAGGAAAAAGAGGAUGCUUGGUACUUUUCAAAGAUGACGAUGAAGAUGAAAAAUGUGUGAAGAAAGUAAGUAAAAAAGAAGUUGUACAAAAGAGGCAAAAGAAUAACGAAAGAAAUGUAGGGAAAGCAAGAAAAGUGCCUAAAGUUUUAUAUACUAAUGCAGAAGAACCAAGGUGUAUACAAGUACGGACAUUACCAAAUGUGUUGUACAGUUGUAUGCAUAACCUUAGCGAGGCCAAUGAAUCAUAUCAUUCUUCUAUUGAUCUGGGGCAUAUGUUAAAUAUGAAAGUGGAUGGGUGUGCAUCAAUUAUUGGGCAUUAUAUGGUAAGGAAUUUUGAUGCAGAUAAAAUGGUACUUAGGCUUCCUCUUGGUGAUAUACCGAUAAAUCGGGAGGUAAUCCACGAAUUGUUGGGUCAACAUUUAGGGAAUGUUGCUAUAAAUUUGAUGGAAUGUAGAUAG